GAUUCCCACCCUCCUAUAUAUGCUCUGCCGAGCUGGAUAUAAAAGCGCGAACCAGUGCGACUGGUGCGCAACUCGAUUCGCUACACUUUGCGAAAGCGGGCAUAAUUUUCACGAAACAAUGCUAGGCCGUUUCCUGCCAUUUCUGCUGCUGCAGGUGGUUUUCUCGGCACCAUCAAGUGGAUCUCUUCCGUCACAUGACCUCACUAGCCUGAGCGAGGUGUGUCAGUUCGUUUUCUAUGGGACCGAAAAGAUGCUGGACGCAGCCAGCGACCAGAAAAAUGUGGAGGAAUAUGAAGAAUACACGACUGAGUGGAUCGUUGGCAUUACUGGGGGACCUGACGCAGCCGAUGAAGUGGCGGAGCGGCUUGGAUUCAUCAAUGAAGGACUGGUAGCUAAUUUUCUAACUGCAACAUUUAACGAGCGCGUUGCGCUUGCGUGGAAAAGCGAGACUUACUUACGUAACUUUGUUGCAGGUGUCAAAGGACGAGCAGAUCCUCUACAGGUUUGUCGUGAGAGAUGAAGAGGCCGCCAUGUUGGUGCCACUUAGCGAGCCCGACCAGAACAAAACCCGAAAACUGCUAGCGGAGAAGGACGUUCAAUUUGCUGAGCAAGAGACAGUUGAAGUGGACUGCUCUGGAGUAACUUCUGUAGCAAGGGAAAAGCGACAGUUUCUAGCCCGAAAUCUGAGGAUUGAAUGGCCCUCUGUCACCAUGUGCAUCCUUCGCUGGGACCAACCUGUCAAUGGACCUCCUCCAUCAUACCACCUCGUUCAUGCUGCAGUAGUCAUUUCAGAUGGAACGGUCACUAGCACCUACAGAAAUGUGCAACUGCCUGGUUCAAACACACUGGCACAGCUUACUUCUGUGAACAGGAACAACCUCAACAUAUUCCUCUUAAAUGCAGUAUAUGAAAAAAUGCUAAAGAGUUCCUUGUACUUCAGCGCAAAUGCGACGUUGCCAGCUCCCAGGAACAUGGAGGUAGAAACAGAGAAUAGCAGCACCAUCUUAAUCACCUGGGAUCCUCCUCCGAGGAUUGCGACAUACACAUAUGCCAUAGUCCUCUUCAACGGAACCCACAUUAUCUAUUUUAACGUUGGCUCUGUUACAUCUCAAAGGAUAACUGGUCUGGAGCACAUGCAGACGUAUAUUGUACUUGUUGUGGCCAUGUUAGGAAACGAAUACUCAGCAUCAUAUGUCAUACACACGGUGGAAGCUGUUCGACUUGUUGGCGCUGGUGACAGUGUUUGUGAGGGCAGAGUUGAAGUGUAUCAUGACGGUCAAUGGGGAACGAUCUGCGAUGACAGUUGGGGCAUCGGUGAUGCAAAUGUGGUUUGCGAACAAGUUGGUUGUGGUUCAGCUGUUAGUGCUCCAGGGAGGGCACGCUUUGGCCGUGGAACAGGACCCAUAUGGAUGGACAAUGUGAGGUGCACAGCCGCUCACGAGGCGAUAGAGGACUGUCCACACAAUGGCUGGGGUGUUCACAACUGUGACCAUUCUGAGGAUGCUAGUGUUAUCUGUGGAAAUCCUGAGCCACCUACAUUUAGUACUUCUACACCCACACCUCUAACUGUUAUCUGCCCUCCCCUGAACGCAAUGGAAAACGGACUAACAUCAACUGGGGGGUUCUCCCCUGGAUCAGUGGCUAAUUACACAUGCAACGAUGCUGCCGAGGGAGACAUAGAAGAUUCUGCAGGCAACUGG